AUGAGCGUGCUUGUAAAGAAUAGUAUAAAGGCCAUUUCAAAUGGCUCUCUGUUAGAAUCAACAUUAUGGGGGAUAUUCUUGCCUCUUAGCAUUAUUGUUGAGAUGUUUAUAUUACCGUUCACUUUAACACUAUUCAGUGCACUGAGGAAAGCCAGGAAGUUCGGCCGAGUUAGAGAAGUUAUAGUGUGCACCAAUGAGACAUACAACAGCCCAGACAAAGCAGUCAAAAAUCUUAAGGAUGCAUUUGAUAAUAUUUUAGCAAGAAUAACUGAUUUUAUUCAACUGCAUAUACUGCGUCAGAAGCCCAAGGCUGCUAAAGCAGCAGGAAAGUCCUCUUCUGAAAAGGAUGAGAAAAAGAAAGUGGUUAAAACCUACAAAAAGCCAGGAAAACGAGGAGAUUAUAUUAAAAGCUGGGUUGUAACUAUUUGCGAUAUAAUUGAAAAGGGGUAUGAGUUUAUAUUUGAACAUAUACUGCGCCAUCUGGUUAUGAUGCUAGAGUAUGCAGUGUUUUCCGUGUUUGUUAUAUCUAUUGUUACAAUUAACGUGAUCUGCUACUUAGCACAGUGUGUCCUUAAUAUUAUAAAAGGAGGAGCAAAGAAGAUUCCAAUAAUAGGAGACUUGAUUAAAGAAAUCCCAGACGUAUCGAUCCUACUCAGCAAUAUUUCCAAGGAUGUUAUAAAUAUCAUAAACCCAGAACUGAAGAAAGAACAAAUUGCAAUCCGAACAAAACAAUUCGAAGAGUACAAAAAUGUAGUUGAGCCAAUAGGUAAAAUACUAUCAUCAUAUAUUAGUUUGUGCAUAUUUAUUCUGUCAAAUUUAAUUUGCAUUUUCAUUAGGGCAUUCAUGGAAUUUGGUAAAAAAAUAUCUGACAAAAAUAAUUACACAGUAUUUACAGUGGGUAUUUUAUCAAUUAUAGCGGUGAUAUUCACCAUUAUAUCUCCAAAAUUCAUAAACCCCCAGGACUUCUCUAUAAUUGCACUGUCUAAGCCGCUGUGGUUUAUUUCUGGAGGGAUCUGUAUAUGGGUUUCCCUAUUCUUUGUAGCAGCUGCAUGCAUUGCGGGAUUGCACUUCAAGUCUUCUAUGGGCGGAAAGAAGUACACAAAGAAGGAAUUAACAAACAUUGCAGUAUAUGAGAGAGAAAGAUUUGGAUUUGCAAUUGCCAAGGUUCUUAUAGGAUCUGCAGUGUUCUUUGGGCUUGGUGCACUCGGGAAUGUUCUUGUAGGAGGGCCAGAAGCCAUGUUCAUAACUAUCCCAGUGAUUUUAUUCUAUACUACAAUAAUAUCUGUAAUGUAUGACAUGCGAAGUAUUCUGUACAAAAUAACAGUGAGCCAGAUUGAGCAGCUUAAGAGUAUUUUAGUGCUAAUACUGACUAUAUCAGUGUACUUCUCAACACGAGUACAGAGACUGCCGUACUUACCCCACUCUCUGCUGGCUGUAACUCUAGCUGUGGUUUUCCUGCCGACUCCUGCACAUAAGGAUACUUUAUUGGCAAUAAACAACAAAGUAUUACGGACCGAGCAAAUAAUAUACUUCAGCAUACGCCUGGCUAUUAUAGCAGGAAUACUAAUUGCAAUAACACCAAGUGCGCCUACAAUUAUAUUUAGGCCCUUUAUAUAUGUUAGACUAGUGCUUAAUCUGAUUAUGGAGUAUUUUGCAUCAACUGGCAGAGCAUACGUCUUUGAUACUGUGUAGAGCCGCACUUUGCUAUAUGGCAGGGAUUGUUCAAGAUUAAUAAUAAAAACAGCA